AUGCCGAAUGAAAGAGAUUCCCCUCUAUCUGCAAAUGGAGAUGAGGAGCUGCGCCUCACUGGGAACGGCGACAGUGAAUCGAACAACAAAAGCGAUUACAAUACACGUUAUGAAAACCGACAACUGAGAGUAACUGUUUCGAGCAUAAUUGAUAGAUUACGAAUAGGGUCAGAAUGGUAUCGGGGAGAAAUAAUAUAAUUAUUAUAUAAUAAAUUGGAGAGGAGUUUCUAUACUGAAAAGUUGUAAUCUGCCACAAAAUCUACAUAAAUAACAUGGUGAUUUUUUUUUAUUUGCUGUAACUUUGUUAUUGGUCUCCCUAGGGAUACUGUGGAGUCACUUGUAACUAGUCGUCAGAAUUUGACGAGGAAAGAAUUUAAACAUAUUCUAGAAUCAGAAGCAUAUCCUUGCAAACGUUUUUUAGACAAGCCAGUGGAUCAUGGCUUGUAA